AUGAUGUCCCAGGCAGCCUUCAAGGUCGAACAAGCCGUCGGCCACGACGACAACGCAACGACUAUACAAGAUGUCACCAACCCUGGUAACAAGGAAGAAUGGGGUGACAAGUCAGUGUCGAUGAAAGCCCUUGCCUGGAUGGGAAAGGGCAAAGUCGAGAUGAUUGACACACCGAAACCCAGAAUUCUUGAGCCUCGCGAUGUCAUUAUCAAGAUCACUGGUUCAACCGUGUGUGGAUCUGAUUUGCACCUACUCCAUGGAACUGUCGUGGAGUUGCAAAAGGGCGACAUUCUGGGACACGAGUUCUGCGGAAUUGUCGACGAGUGCGGUAGCGGGGUUACAAAGUUUGCAAAGGGUCAGCGUGUAGUGGCUUCAUUCCAGAUUGCUUGCGGUGACUGCUACUACUGCAAGCAGAAGUUGUCAUCACAAUGCGAAAAGACAAACGCCAACACAGUCGAAAACGCCAUGUACGGUGGUCGAACGGCAGGAAUGUUCGGCUAUUCGCAUUUCACAGGCGGUUUUGCCGGCGGCCAGUCGGAAUAUACCCGCAUUCCUUACGGCGACGUCAACCUCCUCCCUAUCCCCGAUGAUGUGCCUGAUGAGAAGGCCCUGUACCUCUCCGAUGUACUGUGCACGUCGUGGCACGCAGUUGUCGACACGGGAGUGAAGAAGGGCGAUGUGGUAGCCAUCUGGGGCGCCGGUCCCAUCGGACAAAUGGCUGCAGACUUCUCUCUACUUAAUGGCGCUUCUCGAGUCAUCAUGAUCGAUUCAAACUGGAGGCUCGACUUUGUCCAGAAGACAUACCCACACAUCGAGACGAUCGACUUCUCCAAGUUGGGCAAGGGCGAGUCGGUAACAAGCAAGCUGAAGGAGAUGUGCAACGACCGCGGCCCAGACGUCAGCAUCGAGUGCGCGGCUGGCGAGUACGCGAAGGGAUGGGCACACUACUUCGAGAUGUUGCUAGGCUUGGAGACAGACACCAGCGAGCUGGUUAACGAGAUGAUCACCAGCACGAGAAACUUCGGUCGCUGUGGUAUCACUGGUGUAUAUGUUGGCUUCACAAACCACUUCAACAUCGGCUCACUCAUGGAGCGUGGCAUCCGCCUCAUCGGCAACGGCCAAGCACCCGUGCACCUAUACUGGGAGUCGCUCCUUAAGAUGAUCCAGGACAAGCAGAUCGAGCCUUUGAAGAUGGUAACACAUCGUGUGCGCCUUGAGGAUCUGGACAAGGUGUACUACAAGUUUGAGGCUAAGGAGGACGGCAUGCAGAAGGUGUUUGUGGAGACCAAGUUCAGUUUCCCGGCGUGCGAGGGCAGCCCGGAACUCACCAAGUACUAG